AUGUCUCGUGUUUCGUAUCCUAUUGCUAACCUCGUAUUACAGUUUAUGGCAACCGAGAUAAGGAGCGGCAUAAAAACCAAAACUUUAUCCAAGUCUCGGAACCGUCUCACGUCGCUCCCAAAUGAGCUUCUCCUGGAAAUUGCGAAGAACCUUGAUCGCACAGACCUGUCGCGAUUGCUACAGGUUAACCACCACGCUUCUGAUGUACUCACACAAAUCUUUUACGAUGAUGUUGUCCAAGAGCCUGCUGGAUACAAGCCCUAUCUUGAAAUAACAUACAAGAUAUUCACCCAUUCUGUGACUACGGGUAUGCUCGCACCAAUGGUGAAUCUUCUUGUCCGGAAUGUGACUCUUCCACCUCCGAUCAUCAAAGAGGCAAUUCGAAGCGGCCACAUGAACAUUCUGAGUACCAUGCUGCUCCAUGAUGAGCCUGCCGUCCGAGGAACGAUCACGGAAGAAUAUGAAAUAAAUUCUGGCGACGAGUACCCUCUCACAACCGCCGUAAUUACUGGACGAAUUGAGGUGUUCCGCUUUGUUUUGCGUUUCCUCAAUAUCGGGCAUCGCAGCAUCCUGCCAGCCACCCAAGAAGCGAUAUCCCGAAACCGAAUCGCUACUGUCUUUAGGCUCAUGCGCCUUCUCUCGGAUGAACAACUAUCCCUCGCAUUCCACUACGCCUGUAAUGCCAACAGCCCCGGGAUCGCCCGUCAGCUCAUCGCACAAUUACCGACUGCUAAACGGCCAGAAACUGCAACGAAGGGAGUAUCAGCGGCAAUCCGCGGCGGGCAGCCAUACGUACUAAGAUGUUUGAUUGCGCUUGGCGCGGACCUCCACGUUUCCGCCGGACUCGAUCCGGACUCUGGGUGGAGAGAGUAUGCGGAGGAGACGGGGAACCACCUCCAUUGGCUUACUAGUCAAGGAGUACUUGAAUGGCGGAAUAGGCCUGAUCAGCUGCUGGGAAUCUAUCAGGUCCUCCUCACCUCGGGCCUGGAUAUCAACGAAACCAACUCCUAUAACGAUACAAUUCUUAUGACCCUGGCAAGAAACGGACCUAGGAGUAUCGACCGAUCUGACAGGCCUCCGUAUAGGCAGAUGGUGGAGGUGUAUGUCUUGUUCCACAGGUUGCUGAGGUUGAUUCUUUCGAUACCUGGUGUCGAUGUGAACGUGAGAGAUAUCACUGGAGAAACAGCAUUCGGCGUGGCGGUUCGUCAGCGGGAGUAUCAGAUGCAAGACCUGUUGAUCCGUCAUGGGGCAGACACUUCUCUCUGCGUUAGGAAAUAG